AUCACUCUUCCGUAUCAAACUCGUCUCUGUACCCGUCUCGUAACUCUCUUGAGCGCACAAACUACCAUCACUUCCACUACACCCACAUACCGAUUUCUUUCCAUCCAGCUUCAGCAUGUCAACCCGACCCACAAGUCCGCUAUCUUCUCCGCCGCCCUCCAGCGAGCCUGCUGCACCUGCAACUAUGCCCACUACUCCAAGCGUAGCUCCUGCAGCCCCUGUCGUGACAAGAACUGGCCCUGUGAAGGGCAGAGUUAAGAAAGCCUCCCAGCCCAAACUCCCCAUAAAGGAUCUGUUUACGCCCUGGAAACCACAAAUCACGCUACCGAAAGCACAUCCUUCCUGGGGACAGAUACCCUACCCGGAGGACGGCCAAGAGCUAAAGGCUCGUCAGGACCUUCCCCCAGCGCGUACAUCCAACGCCCAAACAAUUCCGCCUCUGUGGGAAGAUCGAAAGUAUCGCUUCAAGCCUGGACGAUAUCAUGUUUCUUUCGACGAUGACGAGGAGGGAGUGGACGAAAACCCGGACGGCACUCUGCUGGACCAAGAAGACAACCUCGUGAUUCCGCUGCUCGAUAUGCGUCCGAUUAGCCGAUUGAACCAGCAACCGCGUCGCGCGCCCACAUACUAUGUUUACGAAAAUGGCAAGCCCAAGGAUUGGAAGAACCUGCAAACUCUGAAGGCCCUGAAUGACCGCCGUCGAGAGGCCAUCUGGCGGAUCACCUGCGAUCCGCCGUGGAAUGAGCAGGAGCGGGAGUACCUAGCAUACUUGUGCGAGGUGUAUCCUAACGCAUCGAUUCUCGAGAUGGCGGAGCGGUUUAAUUGGCGUUUCAAAGGUGACUUUCGAGAGGAGCAUGGCUUUGCCUUCAAUCAUAUACACGAAGGUCGCACGCUGGAGAGCAUCCGCCAUGAGUAUUUGAGUUUCAAAGACAUCUAUGACCACGGCAGGGUCCCCCUUCCGAAGAGGCAGGAAGGAGACAAGACCGACCUCAAGAAAGUCGGCAACAGGAAGGUUAAAUCGGCAGCGGAGAUCGCCAUGGCAAAGUUCACCACGAUGAAAGAGUGGCAAGAGGCCUGUGGCACCGACAAGAACGGGCAGAAACGCGGUCGGCCUAAGAAGAAGAGCGCUGAUACCGUGGCCGAGUCUGACAUUGAGGACAAACAUCAAGGUGAUCUUGCGAUGGACACCUCAGGGUUGAGCGAAGUUGAUGACGAGCUGUUCGACCUGGCAGGUGGCAAUGAGCCCGAUGACAUUUCUGGCUCAUCGACUGAGCAGGUUCCUGGCCACGCUGCUGAGGUUCAUCAACCUGAACCGGAGACUCCUGUGCAUGAUGUCCCGAACGCUGAAGUCCGUUGCGCCGCAUCCCCGCUUUCCCAUACUGCCGUAAGCCAGCCAUCGGAUAUUCAGGUCCAAGCCAACAAUGCGCCUCCUUCGACGCUUCGGAAGAAGCGCAGCCAAAGUGAUGACGACGGCGAGGGCGACACUGACGAGGGAGACAAGUCAGCUCCGCGGAAGAAGCGUUGCAUGUCGCACGACGGCGAGAUCGGAGGACUGACCCGUCCGAUAUCCCCUUUACCACAGCGUUGCUCUCCGGCUUCACGGCGCUUAAGCCAGGAGGUGCGCCGCCAGUCCACCUGUACGUAUGCUUGUCGGUCUGUGGCUGUCAACGAGCAACAUUGGCCCGAACGUGUGCAGUCGAUGUUGUACCAUAGUGCGCUGAACGUUUCCUCCCGCGACUGCGGCCCUGCUCCGGUCCAUAACGCGUUCCAGGAUGAGGACGAAGAUUCCGAAAUGACCGAAUCGGAAUAGAGAACACUCCUUGGAGGUGUACUGGACGAAUCUCCCCUAAACGCCCCGCCUUCGACCGCAGAAGAGAGAUACAAUGGCAGAUGUCCGAGAGUGGUUACGUCU